GUGUAAGAUAUAUAAUUGAAAUUCAUAUAAUAAAAUAAAUAAAUGAAAGUAUCGAUAAUAGUAUGUCCUUGUGUCAAAAUGGGUUGAAGCCGAUCAAUACUUCCUUCAAUAUCAAAUUUUGCCAACACCUGAAGUAAUUUCCCGUGCUUUGAUCCUUGCAAGUCGCGAGAGUAUAAAAUGUUCGGUUACACUCGAACUAAGAACUUCCUUACUUGUUUUAAAUUAACAACUUUAUAGCUAUAUAAAGACGACGAUUCGACGGUAUUCAUGUAGUCUUUAUCAAAAUGAAGUUUUUUCAAGUUUAUCUUUGCCUUCUAAUAGUUGGCGUAUGCUACUUUAAUUACUCGAACGCUCAAAACAGGCUCACACCACUUGGUAGCUCGGAAUCUCCUAUUUCAACAAACACACCACUGGUACCACGGAAGGGCGAAGGAGAGUUCGCAUUUCUAUGGAGAAAAUACCAUCAACAAUAUCGUUAUCCAUCGUUACCAUGAUUCAUAUUCUGUUUCGCUCAAAACAAAAAAAUAUGUAAUACCCUUCACAGGUGCAUUUCGUAUAGCAUAAAAAGUUAUAAAAAAAAAUGUAUCUUGAUUCUUAAACCCUAUUCAGGUUAUAAUUAUUUGAUUUAUUUUUUGGAAACUGUUACAUAAGCUUUCAAAUUUUACAAUAACCACAUACGUAUGUACAUACAUGCGUAGAAUGAGUCAGAAAAUAAACAUUUUCUGCACAGUAUAGCACGCAUUCAGAGAACCAAGUGUCUUAUUUCGCAAUUGUAACCAUUUUUACUUUGGCAGAAAAUAUUGAAUGUAUAUUUUUGCACCCAAGGGCACUUUAUUAUUAUGAAAUUCACAUCAAGUGUUACAUUUUCAGUACAAAUACAAAGAUAUUUUUUAUGACAUAACUAAAAUAACUAAAACAUAAAUAUAGGUUGCAGGCUCAUCCAUUUUUCGUCUAAACCAGAAUCAUUAAGAGUCCUUUUCUCAGCAGUUCCAUGUUCCGCUCGUCAAUAUUAGUAACAACCACCGGAACUACAGCUAUCUGUAGAGUCAGAAGAAUCAGAAUAAUCACUGUUAGAAUCUGUUGAACUUUCACAACAAUAAGAACAAUCACAAUAACUGUCGUUCCGUUGGCGUGUAGUUGUUGUUUUCCGCGCAGCGGUUUUCGACUUUGCACCAGUUGUUGACUUCCUUGUUGUUGUAGACUUCUUCGUUUUACUAGCUGUUGAUUUGGCCUUUGUUGUGGUUGUCUUGGGUUUGGGUGUCGAUUUCUUGGCCGUAGUCUUUUUGACGGUAGUCUUCUUGGCGCUUGUGCUUGUUGAUUUUGGUUUCGACUUAGUGGUUGUCGAUUUUUUUGGCUUCGAAAUUGUACACGAGCCUCCCGAACAUGUGGGUACGGGCAUAAUAAUUUUAGUAUUAUAAUUUUUUUAAAAUUUGGUCGAUUUACUUAAAAUUAAAGUUUACUUCACUGUCGUUGCAACGAAAAUGUUUCGUCCAGCGCCAGUAACAACUCUUUGAACUAUAAAAUUAACGGAUUAUUUCUAGUUUCAAAGCAAUUGGAAUUAUUGGGUUAUUUUAAUAGCUUUGAAAUGUUUAUAUGGCAACGUUGCACUCUGUGGGCAAACAGCUGCUCCCACCUCGAGUACAGUACGCAUGAAAAGCGCACAGCUGUUUUUGACAAUCGGACAACAAUUGCACAAUUUUUCUUAUUAUUAUAAAAUUUUAGUAAAUUUUUCAUAGAAACAGUGUGAAAAUGCGUCUAACCGAGGUCUUAUUCAAAAAAGUCAAAAGCAAACGCAUCAUGGUGCUGAUGGAGAGCGUGGUUAGUGGUCAUCAGUUUAAUAUGUUCCGUGAUCGCUUGGCGGAUAAAUUGGAGUUGUUGCGUUUCGAUCCAUAUAUACAAAAGGAGAGCAUCUACCGCGAACGCAAGAGGAUACGCAGCGCUUAAAUGUCUGGUUAUAGUGUUUUAAUGUUUAUACAAAGUCAUAUUAAAUAAAUGCUGUUGUUUUUAAAUACUUUAACCAAAAUGUGCAAUAAUUUGUUUUAUAAACAAAUAUCUGAAAUUUGUGAGAAGAAUGAGAUAAAAGUAGUGAAUAUUUCAAUAAAAGCCUGUAUGUACAACA